AUGGGUUCCUCUGAGAGUUGGCUAUCGGGCGAACCCACCCGUCUCACCAUAGAGCCCAUGGACGUUGUGGAUGAUUCCAUGGGCAAUGCCAUGGACAUUACCAUGCAGAAUUCCGAGAAUUACUCCAAGAAUUAUUCCAUGGAUGCUUCCAUGGAUGAUGUCCCAGAUGAUGCUACGGAUGAUACCUCGGAUGAUACGGAUGGAGACUUUGAUCUCUGUGACGAGAUCUUCCACGCGAUGCAAGUGAACAACCAAGGCAAGCAGUUCAUUCCAGCCGAUAAAAUAGCCCGCCUUGCCUCUCCUGAUGCUAUCGAGGGCGAACUCAUGAAAGAGAACCUACAUAUUGAGUUGGCCAGCCUCGUCAACUACGUGCUCAACAAGCCGGCCAUCAAGAUAUUCCUCAUUCUGGUCUCGUGCGGAAAAGCUGUUGCUACGGCUAAGAUAUAUGCUAGCGGCUUGAGCGAUGAACACUUACCUCUGUGUGAACCAGACGGCUCAAAAAGUGGCAAGCGCCUGAAGUCACUCGGCCCAGCCCCUGAUACUGGUUCAGUCCUGGACCCGCUUCGUUCAUGGCGUCAUGCUCAACGAUGCGAAUUUCUUGAGAAGCAAUGGAUUUUCAUGGCUCCUGUAUUUACUGGGGAAAAUUUCGUAUACAAGCUUCACAAGCGCUGUCCUCUGCCAUUUGUACCGUUCAGCAGCAAAGACCAGCCACAGAGUGGACCUCAUGGGGGGCUGUCUGGCUCGGUUCGAGAAAUUAAAGUACACGAGGCACAUCAGCAAGUUCUUCCCCAGAAGGAUGGAAGGCCCAUUCGCGUCGCCCUCAAGACCAUCUGGCCCCAGAUGGGUCACUACUUUCACCAAGAGGAAGACACGUUAAGCGUCAUCCAGAAAAUCGACCACCCCCACCUCAUCAAGCCAAUUGCCUCAUACCAAUAUCACACUGAGGAGAAUGGCUGCUUCUUGUUUCCAUGGGCCGAACGUGGAAACCUGAAGGAGUUCUGGAAAACAGAAAAAACCAUCCCCCUGAAGAAUCGUGAGAUGAUGGGCUGGAUGCUUAAACAGAUGUGUGGUCUCUGUGAUGCCCUUAGCAUUUUGCAUGCCAAGAAUCGCCGCCAUGGGGACAUAAAACCCGAAAACAUACUUCUCUUUGAAGAGGGUGACUACAACGGCACCCUGCGCAUUGCUGAUGUGGGAUUGGCAAAGUUUCAUGCCGAAGCAACAGAGAGGCGUAUUCUUCUCGAAGAGAGAACCAAGACCAUGACGGGAACCACACGAUACCUUUCCCCCGAGUUCGUCCACGAGCCACAGAUCCCGCGAGUCUUUGACGUCUGGUCUUUAGGCUGUGUUUUUAUCGAAUUUCUCAUCUGGACGCUCCAUGGAUACGAUCAACUGUUUAACUUCCGAAAAGCCAGCUGUGCACACUUCUGGAAUGAGGUAAACGAUGAGUUCGUCAUUCACACCGAGGUGCAGGCGUGGCUUUCCAACCUAUCAAAAAUCCUCGAAGGCUCUAACACAGCCUUGCAGGACCUGCUCGAGGUAGUGAAGUCGCACAUGCUAGUUCCUAACUGGAAGAUACGCAGUGCGAGCAGCAAGGGGUAUCUCAUCAACCCUAUUAUCGAGGCACGAGCCAGAACAAACCCUCCGCGAUCGAAAGAGUCUCCCCAGAGCCUUGCUCCCGGCGAGAAGCCCAGAAGUAGAUUAGCCCCUCAGAAGCAGGGCUCGUUUGACGUCCAUGUCGUGGGACCGGACGACGAGGUUAAUAAUAGCCACCUAAUGGUUAACACAACAACCAGUCAGCAAUAUUUGCUGACCGUUGAUCAGGAGCAAGUACACAGGCUCAACAAAGACACCUGGCGGUCAAAAGCCGAUAAUGAAUUUGCACAAGGCUUGUUCUCCAAUUCUGACUGGUCCCAUCGGCAUCCUACUCAAGCUCCUUCAAAGCUCUGCCGCAAGUGCACGUCAUUGGACGUUUGGCAGCCAGGCUUCGAGUUUGGUAGCUUGGUUGGUGAUAUCAAGGCGAGAUCCAAGGAAUGUGAUCUUUGCGAUCUCUUUUCCCAAGUUGCUGAAAAGCUAAAAUUGGAGGACAACGUGAGGCUCUUGAGUCGGCGUUUCGACUCUGUCAUGCGGAUCAUGCCAGAUGGCCCAACGAUUUUGUCACUCUAUUCAGACCCUGAGCAAGCUCCGGCCAGCCCAGAUGCCCAGGUUGGAUACCCUCACCUGCCCAAACCUGGAAGCCCCUCCCAGUUUGCCUUUAUCCGGGAAUGGCUACGGGUUUGUCGAGAGACACAUCACCAUGGACACCUACGCGACGCGAGCCUCAACCCGGCAGAGCUUCCAACCCGUGUCAUUGACCUCGGGGUCUUAGACAAGCCUAAGCUUCAGCUGAUAUCCGGUGAGGUCAUGCAGUCACACGAGUAUUUCGCCUUGAGCCAUUGCUGGGGCAAGGGCGCUAUGAUGUUCCGGGCCCUCAAGGAGAACAUCGAGACUCUCACUAAGGCAAUUGACUUCCGUCGCCUCCCUCGUACAUUCCAAGAGGCUAUCAGGACCGCACGUGGCUUGAACGUAAGGUACUUAUGGAUUGAUUCCUUGUGUAUUAUCCAAGAUGAUGAUGAAGACUGGAAGCGUGAAGCCGCUCGAAUGCAGCAGGUCUUCAGCAAUGCCACUUGCGUCAUUGCGGCCAGCUCUGCCGGCUCAUCAGCUGAAGGUUUCUUGGAGACGAGACGAGACGACCGAUCUUUUGUCAUGCUGCGUUCCCCUUCUGGAGUUAUCAGCUAUGUCUGUAAGUUUAUCGACAACUUUGCCCAAGAUAUGGAAGAGGCGCCCCUGAAUAAGCGUGGAUGGGUGCUGCAGGAGAGAGCACUGGCACGCCGAUCCAUCCACUUUACCGCGACUCAGGUUUACCUAGAAUGUGGCAAUGGUGUACAUUGCGAGAGCUUGAUGAAGUUGACCAAUGACCAAGCAGCUUUCUUGGGCGAUUCUGACUUUCCCAACUCUGUCCUUGAGUACUACAAGGGUGGCAGGAUUGUUCUUUCACAGAACCUGUUCAAAAUGUACUCGACACUCAAGUUUACCAAAUCAUCAGAUCGACCGAUUGCCAUAUCUGGUCUGGAGAAGAGACUGAUGUCAGCCUUCGAGACAAGGGGAGGGUAUGGUGUCUUCCAGGCCUUCUUCGAGCGCAGUCUCCUGUGGCAGCGACCAGAGGCGAGCUCCUUGGCUCGCAUUACCUACCCAGCGGAUCGAAAUGUGCCAUCUUGGUCUUGGAUGUCCUACGAUGGUAGCAUCACUUAUGUCGAUGCGCCGUUCGAGAAAGUCGACUGGACCAAAGACUACGAGUCUCCGUUUCAAGCCAAGACCGGGAGGCAAUACUGGGGGACCAACGAGAACAAUUCAUCCCCUAUUAUCAGGUCAAAGUCGGCAAGAAGGUUCUCCUCGUCAGCCGACCCGGAGAGGGUCUUGGAGGGAAUCAGGUUUGAUCUGGGGGCUUCUACAUACUACCAGCUCGGGGCUCUUCGAUGCAUUGUCAUUGGAAAGGCCAAGUCAUCCGGUUCCGAUGACUCUGCCCUGCACUAUGUCUUGGUCAUCACUGCUUCGUCCUUGGGAAAACCUGAGGCGGGUGGCUCUCUGGACUGA